UGUUCUUGCACUCUCCCCCUCUCCUCAUCUCCUCAUUGGACCGAGCGCUGCUCAGGAGGAUAAGGAGACAGAGAGCUGGACAGAGGGACGCUCAGAGAAACAGAGAGGGAUGGCAGUGGAGGAGAAGCCGGGUGUGAAGAGCAGCAGCUCCAUCGUCCCCUGCUUCCUGUUUGUGGAGCUGGUGAUCAUGGCUGGGACGGUGCUGCUGGCUUACUACUUCGAGUACACGGACACCUUCCCCGUGCACAUCCAGGGCUUCUUCUGCUACGACAAGACCUUCUCUAAGCCCUACCCCGGUCCGGACGACACCAGCAAGAUCCCGCCCGUGCUCAUCUACUCGCUCGUCACAGCCAUCCCCACCCUCACGAUUCUUGUUGGAGAGCUGUGUGCCUUUUUCACCAAGGCAGAGGGAACCCAGGAGAAGACCAUAGUGACUGCAGACUGCUGCUACUUCAACCCCCUGCUGAGACGUAUAAUACGCUUCCUAGGUGUCUAUGCCUUUGGCCUGUUCACCACCACCAUCUUUGCCAAUGCGGGCCAGGUGGUGACAGGAAACCAGACGCCUCACUUCCUGUCUGCCUGCCGCCCAAACUACACAGCGUUAGGCUGCCAGUCCACCAUGCAGUACAUCGCAGAGCGCCGCGCCUGCACAGGCAACCCGCUGAUCGUCAUGUCUGCGAGGAAGUCCUUCCCGUCCAAGGACGCAGCGCUCAGCGUCUACUCCGCAGUGUACACAGUGAUGUACGUGACACUGGUGUUCAAGACCAAAGGCACGCGGCUGACCAAGCCCACCAUCAGCCUCACGCUGCUCUGCCUGGCCAUGCUGGUAGGCGUGGUCAGGGUGGCUGAGUACCGCAACCACUGGGGGGAUGUCCUGGCGGGAUUCUUCACCGGGGGAGCCAUCGCUGUGUUCCUGGUGACUUGUGUGAUUAACAACUUCCAGCAGAUGCUGCCGAGUCCUCCUCCACUGCGACCCCAGCGCCCUGAGUCCGUGCUGGGCAUGCCGAUGGUGACGCUGCCCUGUGUGGAGAGUCCACUCGAAAAACUCCGCGGGGAUCUCCGUUCACCGAGAUCACAUGACCAUCAGCCCUAUCGGUUCCCCGCCACCCCCGAUGUCCUCAUACCGUCUCGCUCCAUUUCCAGCGAAGUCUAGACCAGCCAGAGCAGCACUCGCCGCACUGCGCCGCCCAUCCGGCUGGGCGGUACGCAACGCUGCACCGCUCCUAUUCCACACAGGUCUAGACCUUCCCUGAUAAAGCACACACAUAAACACACUUCCUGUUGCCCUCUCAACCCCCGGGGAACCGAUAGGUAAACUCUUCAAAGACUGAACAUUCAAUACAGAGUCAGGUUUCUUUUUUCAUUUUGAAUAUUCGACUUAAAGACGUUUUUUCUUUUGUAUGAACUCGAUCAUCUUCAGUGGCAUGCUCUGUACGAAAAAACACAUCGACCACUGAGAAUGUCCAUCGCUUUAACAACAGUAUGAACGAGUUUUCACCUGUUUGAAGGAGGCUAAACGUGAUGGUGAACUCCCUCUAUGACUCCCAGGAUGCAGCUUUGAUGUCUGCUGUCAGGAGGUUGCCAUGUUGGACCAAAGAAACCCGCUGAAGGACACGUGUGCUGCUGAGAUUUACCCGUAAAAACAUCCUUUUAGCAAGCCAUACGCACACACACACACACACACACACAGACACUCCGCUGGUCUUUUUCUCACCCUCUCUCUUUAUCUCUUCUCAUUCACACACACACGCACGCACGCACACACAGCAGUCUGACUAGCAGUGCCCUUGUCAGCUCCGCAUGAGGUUUACUCGGAUCAAAGAAUCCAUUUCAUAUCUCUCAGCAGAAGCACCAGACAAAAGCAAACAGGAUGAAAGUACAGACAUCUUCACUUGGCUAUCUUCGUCAUGUUUUCCUCUCUCAGAGGGUUGCAGCUUCGCCAAAAACUGAUGUGAAAUACAAACACAUUUGAUAAGACAAAGCCAAGCGCCCGACUGCAGGUGGCACAACAGUGAGCCAAAUAAAGUGCAUCACAUUCAGGAGCAAAUAUUUGUUCAGUUUUGUAUUCUUUUGAGACGAGGAGCCUUCAUACAAAACGCCUCCUGUGAUGCCAACAGACUUUUUUGUUUCUUGCUUUGUUUUUAUUUCAGGCGUCGCUCACCCUGAGGUGGAAUUCCUCUCUCGCCGAAUCUUGAAAAGAUUGGCUACAAACUGGCCAAGUCAUGUAAUUAUUGUGAUUAUUUUCUGAGAUUUUAUUAAUAGAUUUAUUUAUUGACAUGUAUAUACGGUGUGGUUGCCAUAAGCGCUCCAUGUGGCGUGACAGUUUUGCUGAUUUUUGAUUUGCACACUCCCUCAUGUUUUUUAAUUCUCCCUCCUCCUCCAGCAUCUUUUUACAACCUCUGUUUAGUUCUUCUCUGUGUUUUCUUGACUAUAAAAGCAUCACUGUGCUGUGAAAUGUUUCCCUCUGCUGGACGACACACACACACACACACACACACACAUACACACACACACACACACACACACACACACACAUACACACACACAUGACUAAAGUCCUGUUUUACAGAGCACACAAAUAUCCAAACGUACUCAAAAGCACACACGCACAAUCACUUAUAUCCCCUAUAGAUGUUACUGUACGUCCUUUUACCCUCCAUCCACUUUCUAACACUGAACCUGUUUGUAUGAUACUGUACAUAACUCUUUUUUGUAUUGAGAGUGUGAUUUUUACACAAGCAUCACCAACACUCAGCGUAGAUAUCGAGGGAAAUCUUGUCUGUAUAAUAGCGAUAGAGAACAGUGUGUAUGAAGGUGCUGAACCGCUCUGAACCAACACUGGAUCGGUUGGAAAACACCCAGAUAACUUUAAAUAAAACUACUGAAUUUGCCCUCUGGAUGAAGUUUAGACUGGGAGAGUUGUUUACUCAUAGUUUAUAAAUUACUGUGUGUUCAUGAGGUUAUGAACUCGAAGCCCUCUCUGUUUUGGAUCCUCGUGUUUGCAUAAAUAGUGUGUGUGAAUCACUUUUCCCUCAUUUCUUGUCAAAUCUUAAGAUCAUGGUCUUUUGUCUGCUCACAGCAAACAGAAAUACAACAUGUUAAAGCUGCACUAACACUACGUCCACACAUGAGUGUCUGUGUCACUCUGCAGUUACACCUUCAAAACACUAGUCGGCUGUGGGGUUUCUGUGAAGUGUUGUAAAGUUUAGUUGAUUCAAAACACACAUUAAACACACAUUAAACACACAUUAAACAUGGCUUAAUAGAGACAGUUUCAAACACAAGUACACAAAUCAGCUUCACUAUAACUCGCAGCAUUCACAGACAAACACUUGUCUUUAUCUGGACACAUUUUCCCCACAAAUACAACAUGCUAACAUUAUUAGCACAAGCCUAUGGCAUUUUACAUUGUAUAAAUUAGCCUAGCAGCUAGCAGACUUUUCCUCUACUCAUAUGAAGCCAGGGACAACAGCAACAUUUAACAAAGGUAACGUUACAAAAUUCAGCUCCAUUACAGCUCACAAGGUUCACUGACAAAACAACUGUCUUAUACUAAACACGUUUUCCAAACAAAUACAACAUGCUAACUUUAUUAGCACAAGCCUAUGGCAUUUUACACUGUAUAAAUUAGCUUAGCAGCUAGCGAACUUUUCCUCUACUCAUGUUCCAGCCAGGAUAAAUCACACACAGGACUUAAAAUGCUAUCUUUGUGGAGGCUUUAUUGUCUUCACAAUUUAUUGUUUCUGAAAUUAAAGUAAAUCAAAGCGUCGACACAGAGCCUACGCCAUAGUUACAGCGUUGAUUCACCACAGAAGUAUAAAUUCCGCCUUACAUGUUUUGUUUAGCAAAAUGAGCACACCAUUUUCAUGAUUAUUGAAGCCUAAAUGCCAUCAUCGCAGGUAAAAAGCUACCAUAAGGCUACUAACGAACUACACUACAGUCGCAUGACCUAACGUCGCCACCAUAAUAAGACUGUACAGCCGUGUUCAGCGCAGCUCAGCGUGAUGAUGUUCUGUUGUCUCAUUUAGCCGCUGUAACAACUACGUUUUUCAAGACACAUAGAAGCUUCAGCGUUCACAAGUUGGGUAUUUACUGAUGAAUUUUAUGUUGUAGAACAAAACGUGACCUUAUUCCAGACAUCUGAACAAAAACUCACUGACUUUGAGACGAGGGAACCAGGAGUUGUAAAAUGCUAACUCAUUUCAGGGUUGUAGGUCUUUCUCUGCAUGGUAGUUAAUUGCGAGAGACCUUUUUUCCCCGUUUGACUUGCUUCAUGGAUUACACAUGAUUUUAAGGAAUUCAGUAGGUCUUUUUGCAAAUAGGGAUGUCAGCUCUUAUUCAUUAUUUGGUUCACUGUUGAGAGUAUUUUUGAUCGGUUAAUUUUGCUGCUCCUCAGCUUACUGCGCUGCACACCUCCAGGGUCUGCAGGUAGCUAGCUCAACUGAUUCAGGUUUUUUGUAACUGAGAUUUUGGACUGUUGUGUUGGACAGCGGUCUCCAUCACCGUCAUCAAAACAGUGUGUUCAUCCCUCCAGUGGAGUUCAGAGACUGGUAGAAUCAAUGCCAAGGUGCGUUGAAGCUGUUCUGGUGGUACAUGGAGGCCCAGCACCUUCUUACGACACUUCGUGCUGGUCGGUGGAGUUCCUCUUUAAGUCUUAGCAGUUGGAUGGAUGAUUAGAGUAGUCUGGUGGUGUUUUCACUGUGGAUCUCUAAAGCACACUCCCUGUGGAGCAACGACUCAGCGACCUCCCGCAUCUCUGUCUGUCACCACCGAGGAGGGGCUACAGUAUCUUGUGCCUUUUACACAAAUAGUAGUGCAGUCAGAUUUGGAUCAGCAUGACUUUCUAAUGUAAUCCCUAGUGAUUAUCUCCUCUGUAUUCCACAUGUAUCCUCUCUGUAUAUAUUUUUAUAAUCUGCCUGCACAAUGAUUAAUCCGGCCAAGUAUUAUAAUCCAAAGCUGAUCCUGUCGGAGGCCUGUUUUGUGUUGUGCUCUCCUGAAUGCAGGGGCAUGUCUCUAUGAAUGUUGUGAUGGGUGACUUAGUGGCAUUAAGAUGAGCUCACAGCGUCCAAGGUGAUGAGAGUGGAAACUAUAUUUUUUUGACAUAAGCUCUUUAAGAUGUAUAGUUGGCAGGAAGGCUAACAUCUCAAUUCUCUGGCCUCCUAAACUCAAAGCUGUGAAUAGUUGUAGAAUAAAACUGUAAUAUCGUUCCUAAUAAUCUGACAACACUGUGGGAGAUUUCCUGAGACUGGCCGACGCUGAUCAAAGCGCCGCGUGCUUUGAGUUUAGACUGAGACUGCGCUCCGCCGCAGCUCUCGUGCACAAAGUCAAAACUACACACGUUAGAAUCACAGUGUGUCGGACAAACUGAGAGUUUUUGUAUCUGUCAGGGUUUUCUACAGAAUAUAUUUCAAGACCUGAUAUUUGUGCUGCGUCUCACACCCUGGGGCUGUUUGGAAAAUAGACCGGAUGGAUUGAAUUUGAUAAGGCUGCUAUCGAAAGGCCGUGAUCUGUGUUGUAUCAGGUGAGAACGACCACAUUGCCUUUGUUUCUUUGGGGAGGCCAACAUUCAUUAUGUUAUAUAAUGAAUAUAUUUAAAUAUAUAUAUUAAAAAGGUAUACACAAACGUGUAUAUAUCUGUGAUCAAUAUUGAAACCAGAUGCACACUGUACUAAUUAAACCUCUGUUUUGGUCGUGUUUGGUGUUAAAUUUGAUGAGUUCUUCACAGAGCUGCAUCACAACCUGGUACUGAGCACUGUACGAUCGUCUCAAGGUUACACGUGGUACUUGGGCAACUACGAUUUUGGCCCCAUUUCUGUUUUUCUGAAGUAUUUGAUUUAAAGUUCGAUCCUUGGUGUACAAUGAAAUAAGAUGGAUUGAAUUCAGUUUCAUGACCGUGACAACAUUCAUGUAAUGAUUAAGAACGACUGGAAAAAUUGCAAACUCAUAAAUAACUUGACUUUAUUUUUCUUUUGAAUGAUUUGCCAGUUUGGCUUCUGUUCCUUCCCCUUUGUUUUGUCUGUUUUUAUUUUUGUCUUUUAAUGCAAUGCAAUUUCUUGUUAUGAUCUGUUCAUGUUUUUCUGGAGAUUUUAAUGUGAAACAGCCUACACUACACGCAGGCCUUAGGGUCUUCGUCUGAGCAUUACCUUGUGACUCGGAUUGUCGUCGUCUACAAUGACCACUACUAAUGAUCUUGUAAUUGUAGUGCUGAAAGCUGAGACUUACUUGAAAGUGUUGCUCUUCAAUAAAGUUGAAGACGAGAGA